GCAAAACAAAACUAAUUGGCCGAAACAUGUCUUGCGUUGGAUUUCUUUCCAUUACGACAAAAUGAUGACCUUUAAUUUAUGUUCGUAAAUACCAGGAACGAGCUAAUAUACUAAUCAAAAAUGCUGUCUCUAAAAGUUUUUGAUGCUGUCAAACUUUCAAAAAACAUCAUACUACCGUUGAAUAUUCAACCACUGUCAACUUCUGCUUCACUCAUGAUGUCUAGUAAAAGAGUAAAACGUGAUCCCGAUGAAGUGCGGAAGGAAGAACAACUUUAUGGCUUGAAGAUGCACAAAGGUGACAGUCUUGUGAAGGAUGAUUAUGUCGACAAACAUAACGUCCGUCGGACUUUCUUUGAAAUGGAUAUAGAAGCCUUCAAGCUUUUUCAGGCAGAUAUAGAAUUUUCUACUCGAGGAAUAAAGAAAUUCCUUCAAAAUAAAUCUGUUGAAAGUAUGAUAAAUGCUCAGUCUUAUAAAGAAGAUAAUGUAAAGUUUAUGGGAAGCGACAUAGCAGCUGCCCAAUUUGUUUUGUUGCACGAUGGAAAAGUUAAAUUUAAGCAUAGCGAGAAGUGGAUGGGUGCAAGUAGAAGAGAUUUCGAGCUGUUGCCUUCAGUGUUUGAUCCAAACUACAUUAUAACACAAAUAGACUUGAGUGAUGUAGAAAUUUUCUACGAAGGUCUUGAAAAUUUUAAAAAUUGUCCUAGAAUCAAGACUGCAAUAUUUCAAAGAUCCCCAUUAUUUGAUGAAUGGUUUGCAGACAGAAUAUCACAUUUAUUUCCAAGUUUGGAGUAUCUGGAUCUCACAGAUUGUCCAAAAGUGAAUGAAAGAGCUCUGGAAGCAUUUUAUAGAUUUUCAACAUUAAAAACUCUAAUUGUCACAAAUAAUAAUAAAUCAUCAGCAUUUGAGUUAAGUUGUAUGAUGUUGGAAGAUGUUGUACCUGGACUAACUGUAAAAAUUCUCGAGCCUAAUGAGGAAAGGGAAAGCUCAAAUGAAAAGUGACGUGUAUUGUAUUUAAAAAUUGAAUCU